GCCAAGUGCGAGAGGGCAUCGAACGCAGCAGAAUCAGAGUACUUUCAUUCACUCUCUCUGUUACCGUUACCCGAAUCGAGAAGGAAGGAAGAUAAAAGGAGGAGUUGGUGGAUGCUAUGCUCAGCCCAGUAUCUGUUAGUGGGGUAUCGGAUUCUUCUGGUGGGGGCGAGCACUCCUAUGUUGACACAUCUUCGUCUUCUCCGCCACACCCAUCUCCGCCCAACUUGCUCCACUUACCCUAGAAACCCUAAUCCAGACCCUGGGUAAGGAGUCUCGCACCACCACCACCGCCAGAGAACAUGGCGGAGAAUCUCCCCUUCGAGAUCAUCAACGAGAUCCUCCUCCGCCUCCCCGUCGACGCCCUCCUCCGCUGCCGCUGCGUCUCCAAGCGCUGGCACUUCCUCAUCGACAACCCUCGCUUCAUCUCCCAGCAGCUCGCCCGCUCCGCUCGAUCCCACUCCAAUCAGACCCUCUUCUUCCGCCACAAGUCCGUCCUCCGCACCCUCGACCUCGACUCCCUUUCCCGGGAUGACUCCCCACCAGCCGACGCCUCCUCCUCCUGCGCCGCUCUCGAGGAAAUCAACUACCCUCUCAUGUGCUACAGCGACGAAAUCAAGCUCCUGGGCUCCUGCAAUGGGCUGAUCUGCCUAUCCAACGCCGCGGACGACGUCAUCAUAUGGAACCCUUCCCUGAAGAAACACAGGUUUCUCCCCUACUUUAGCAUCGAAGGUAGAAAGAGCUGCGGCAUCUCGCUUUUAUCUGUCUGUGUGUACGGAUUCGGCUUUGUUCACGAGAGUGAUGAUUACAAGCUGCUGAGGUUAGUGGAGUAUAUCGGCCAGCCGAUUGAAUCCGAUGUCUGCCUUUACAGUAUGAGGUCCAAUUCGUGGAGGAGGAUCCAAGAUCUGCCUUAUUCCCUGAUUUAUCCUCGGAAAAUGGGAGUUUUUGUCCACAGGGCUCUGCACUGGGUUAUGACCCCGGAACUUGUCCCCGAUUCGCCUAACUAUAUUGUCGGUUUUGAUCUUGAGGCUGAAAAUUUUGGGUUGAUUCCGCAGCCAGAUGUCUUGGACAAGAGUUUUGAGAUCGAUGUGUCUGAUCUGGAUGGUUACUUGUGUAUGGUUGCCAACAACAGGAAUUAUGGUGUUGAUGUGUGGAUCAUGAACGAAUAUGGGCUGAAGGAUUCAUGGGCUAAAUUGUUCUCCAUCCCGCAAUCAGAUGUCCCAAGGACGAGUGGAUUCAUGUGGCCGUUAGCAUAUUCUCAAGGCGGUGGACGAAUUUUAGUGCAACAGGAUAAAAAGAAUCUCUUUUGGUAUGAUAUAAGGCAGAAAGAAGUCGAGAGGAUCCAGAUUCAAGGGAUGCCCAGUUCAUUUGAGACGCAAGUUUGCUUGAGGAGCCUUGUUCCAGUUGAUUACAGGUACAGGGGAAGUGAUAAAAAGAAGCCAAGUGCAAAAGAGGACAAGGAGAGAACAAAGAAGAGGGAUGACUUUCUCUCUGUGGGAUUCAAACUUGUUUUAUGAGCAAUCCGAGCGGAGUGCGCGCAUUAUUGCUGAGGUUUGUGCAAGAACUACGAUGAGAGCACCCUGCAAGCAUCCUGCAAGAUUCAGUGGAUCCCUAAGGGAACCUGUUCCCUUGGUUAACCAGAAGACACCAGAAAAUAUGUAGAAAUACUGUUUCAAAGAGGCUCGUGAAGAUCUGUAAGAUCAUUUUAUACUCUAUACAGUACUUUUGCCAUAUCUUCCGACUCUGAAGACAUCCGACUAACUUCUGAGUCUUCAAUGUUUAUACUGAAGAAGGGAGUGACUUCAAUAUUCCUCUCGCACCAUCAAGGGUUUCAGCAAAAGCUGCCUUUAUUUUCCCUUCUUCAAGGUAAGGAUAUAAUAAGUUGCAGAAGGGGUAAUGGCAGUGGUCUGCAUAAUGGGUUUGUUUCUUUUUUCUUCCUUGCAAUUGAUGAUGAAGCUGCCUCCUCAGAUUCAGACGGGUUGGUUAGCGUCCCGUGAUCUUUGCAUGAAACUAUUGGGCUGCACGUUCUUUACUGGAAGUUUAAGAUAUCCUAUUUAGACGUAGAAUACUGUUUUAUCUGAGCGAUCUAUGUAGUUGUGGCGGUAUUUUGAUAAAGAACUGGCCUGUUGUUGCCUUUCUUCUCAUGCUUUCGGAUUUUAUGUACACAGAGAAAAUUGCGUGUAUUUCUGCUUAAGUGAUAAUAGGGAACUUCUAGUGUUAUUGUUAUUCUUCUCAUUCUGUAAUUGCAAUUUCACUUGCUUAUCCUGGGCAUACAUCAAACAAUUUUGGUCGAA